UCUUGUAAAUAACAGAUAAGCGCGCCUUCAGGAAAAUGACGACAAGCGCAGUAAUCUGCGCAGAUGUUCAGGGAGGAACCGGGAGGAAACUAGCAUGUGAGGGGCUAGACGGUUGUAUGCGCGAAAGAAGAAUAUCUGUUUUUCUUUGGACUUUCAUAGAUUUUCUAUUGCGCAGCGUUUCCAAUGCAAGAAAUCAUGAGACCUGCGGAAUCUUCAGUUAUUGUUUUGCGUAACAUGGUGGAUGUGGAAGGUAUAGAUGAUGAAUUAGAAGUAGAUUUAAGAAGUGAAUGUGAAAAAUUCGGAAUAGUGAAUCAAAUUACUGUGUAUCAAGAACGACAAUCCGAAGAUGAUGAUGCUGAAAUAAUUGUAAAAAUAUUUGUUAAAUUCAGGUUGCCAUCUGAGGCCUGUAGAGCACGAGAUGCUUUGAAUGGACGUAUGUAUGCUGAACGAAUAAUACAAGCUGAGCUGUAUGAUCAGAUGUUGUAUGAAGCCAAUGAUUUAUCUGGUUGAUAAAGAGUUCUGAUUUUGGUUAAUUUUAAUCUGAUAAAGAUUAUCUAAAGUUUAAGGAAGAAUGAAAGAAAAAAAAAAAUUGAUGGCUGAAACAUCUUGCAAACUUGAAAAACAAUCACAUUUUAAAUUAUUUAUGUCAAAUCUAGGUUUGCUAGUUCUUUGCAGAAAUUAUUUUUUGUACCUAUUGAAGCUCUUUUUUGUUAGCUGCUUGCUAUUCUCAAAAUAAGCUGAAAAUAUGGUGUGUAUAAAGCUGUGUCUUAAAGAAUAGUACUCUUCUACCUUUUAAUUUCUCUUCUUCAUAUAGUUUUAAUUUUGAUAGUAUUAAAAACUAAAAUUUUAUUAAUUUGUAUGAUCAUGCUUGAUUGUGUUACUUUUUAAACCUUAUUCUUUUUAAUGCAUUAAUUUUUAGUUUCAUUCUGUGUAUGUCAGGCAUAUCUGCAUUAUUAGUUUUCAGUUUGUGUCUUUUAAUUCACUAAGGUUACUUAUUACUGGCACUGAUAGAGAUGUUACUUAUUGGGUGCAAGUUAGUGGGUUUUCAUACUCUCCCCCCCUUUUUUUUUUUUUUUUUAGAAAAAUUUCCAAAUUAUUGAUAUUUA